AUGGAUUAAAGUGUUAGUCAUGGUUUUUCUUUAAGAAAGAUUUGCAAAUAAAGACUAAAAGGUGUAUUUGUUUCUUUAAUUUAAACAAAUCCAAAUGUUUAGAAUUAUUUUUUGAUUGUUGAUCAGAAGACAGUGAAAGUUGUCUCUGCAUAUAUGAAAUUGGCUGAGUAUAUUAUUAUAUUUUGAAUGUUUUAGAUUAAUGGAAUUAGGAGUGAGUGCUGUUGAAAAAUUGGAAUUAGGUAGAAAACCUUUUCCAAAAUUACAUGCAAUUUAUUUUAUUUCACCAACUUAAGAUUCAAUUCAAAGAGUAUUAGAUGAUUUUAAAGAUAAAAAAAAUCCACAAUAUGGAGUUGUUCAUUUAUUUUUAUCUAAUGAAAUAGAUUAAGGAUUAAUGCAAAAAAUUGCUUAAUGUAUGGAAUGUAUAUAUAAAUUAUAGGUAAUUCAUUAAUAACAAAAAUUGCCUCAUUCAAAAUUGUUAAUUUAGAUUUUGCAUGUACAUCUGAUUAAGUAUUCACAAUUGAAACACCAGAAAUAUUGACUAAGGCAUAUACUUCAUAAAGUAAAUAUAUUAUUUGAUAUAUUUUUAGAUAUUUAAUAAUUGUUAAAAGAAGCAUCAUUUAAAUUAGCUACAUUACUUAUAUCCUUUAAUAAAUUUUAUUCUUUUGAAUUUUUAUAUAACUAAUCAGAAAAUAAAUUAUCAGAACAAGUCGCAAAAUUAACAUCAAUAAGAUUAUAAGAAUUAUUAAAUUCUUUUGUUAAACAAAAAAAUGAAUAGUAUGAUAAUAUUGAAAAAGAAGCAGGGAAAAUAACUAUUAUGAUAAUAGAUAGAUCAUAUGAUGUGGCUACUCCAUUAUUACAUGAUUUUUAUUAUCAAUCUAUGAUCUAUGAUUUAUUAGAUAUAACAAAUGAUAUAUAUGAAAAUGAAGUUGAAUAAGGUGGUAAAUAAAUCAAAUAGAAAGUUAUAUUUAAUGAAAAUGAUGAUUUAUUUAAUAGAUAUAAGUAAAAACAUAUUUAAUUUAUUAAAGAUAUCGUCACAUUAUAUAAGUAUUAGAAGGAAUACCUCUUGAAUUUAGAGAAUUCAUAAAUAACAAUACAACUGCUAAGGUUCAUUAAGGAUAAAUGAAUAAUUUGGAUUUGAAUUAAAUGUCAGAAAUAGUAAAGACUUUACCUUAAUAUAAUGAAUUGUUAGGAAAAUAUACAUUACAUAUGGUACAAUAUUUUAAUUGAAUUAAGAAACUUAUAGAAAAGAGUUGGUCAAUAUUUGAAAAUAAGGGUCUAAAAGAAAUAGGAGAAAUUGAGUAAAGUUUAAUCACUGGUAUUGAUGGAGCAGGCAAAAGUAUUUCAACUACAAAAAUUUAAAGUGCUGUUGCCACUAAAUUGAUGAGUGAAACUCUAGAUGACUAUGAUAAAUUAAGAUUAAUAUUGUUAAGUACAUAAUUAAUUAAUUUUAGCUUCUAUUGGUUUGGAAAUGUCAGAAAAAGAUAGAAAAAUAUUAACUGAUAAAAUUAAAGUUGAACAUCAAUAAGCUAUCUUAAAUUUAGUUUAUUUAGGUAUUAAUCCUUAAAAAGGUGGCUAGAAAAAAGUAUUAUAUUUAAUAAAAUCAUUAUUUAGUCUAAAUCUUCUAAUAGAAUAAAUGAUGAUUUAAAAAAAUAAGCUAAGCAUAAAUUGGCUAGUGCAUGUACAGAAUUAUCAAGAAAUACUCCUUUAAUUGAAACUUUAGUAGAAGGUUAUGUUGAGUCUAAUUAUAAAAAACCUUAGAAAUUUGAUUCUUUUAUCAUAAAUGAAGAUGGUGUAGGAGGAAAAGGUAAUGGAAAAUCAAUUAGAAAAGGAGGAUAAUUAGCUAGAAUGAUGCAAAAUGAUGAUAGUGAGGAAACUAUUAAUUACACUCCUAAAUUAGUAUAAAUUUUUAUUAUAAAAUAGAUUAUUUUUGUUGUUGGAGGCAUUAGUUACUCUGAAAUAAGAAGUAUAUUAAGUAAUUAAAAAAUAACCAAUUCAUAAAUUACUGUAAAUAUAUUCAUAAUUAUGUUAGUUGGUUGGUUCAACUAACAUAGUUAAACCAAAGGACUAUUGUUAAGGACUAUUAGAAAUGAAGACUGUUUGA